AUGGCCGCCAUCCAAGUUUCCUACAAGCACUACAAAGUCUUCGCGUCCAUCUUCAAAAAGGAUAUCGAAGCACGAUACAAGUUCUCUCUGGGGGAUUUCUCUAAGGCCAUGCGAUCGAUCGGAUUCACGGAACCCACGCAAGGCCGUCUGGAUCCUGCGGGAGGGCAGGGCGGUCAGUUCUUCUACAUCAAGAGGUCGAGCCGCAAGUACAAGUAUAUAGAUAGAGUCCCUUUCGCCACGCAAGACCGGUGGAAGAACCAGCUCCGUACGCUGUAUGGCUGGGACAAGCACACGUUUGUGUUGUAUUAG